CUAACCUUAUUGUGAUGGUCGUGUUUUUGUCAUUUUUGUGCGUUUUUUUCUCUGUUGUAAACAACACACGUGUUUUAAUUUACAAGAUUAAAACAUGAAUUUAAAUAAAAGAGUUGAAUAUUUAAUAACAGAUACAAGUGCAUUUAUAAAAAAUGCAGCCUUACAUGAAAUAGGUAACAAUAUAAUUACUGAACCUUCGGUUGUACAUGAAAUAACAAGCAAACGACAAUUGAGAAGGUUAGUUGUUCUACCUUACGAUUUAAAGAUUCAGGAAGUUUUCCCAGAAAACAUUAGAUUUGUUACGGAAUUCGCCAAGAAAACGGGAGAUUAUCCAAGUCUUUCAGCGACUGAUAUUAAAGUAAUAGCUUUGACUUAUCAAUACGAAAAGGAAAAAAUUGGCACUGAACAUUUAAAAACAACUCCUGAAAUUGUUCGAACACUUAACGAUCCCGAAGCGCUACAACAAAAUCAUCCCAAAUGUCUCGCUGGCUUUUAUCUUCCGGAAAAGAAAAAUGAUGAGAAAGAUGAUAAAAGAAUUGACAAUAAUGCUGAAGAGGUGGAGAGAUUAUUACAAAAAUUAAAGGAAACGGGCAAAUUAAAAAAUGAUAUUGAAGAUGUUAAUUCAAAAGAGGAGAAAAAUUCUUCAGACAAAUAUUCUCAAAGUUCAUCAGAAUCAAAUUAUGAUACAGCAACGUCCGAUUUGGAAUCUAUUGAAAUAUCACCAUUAGAUUUAAUGGAUAAAUUUAAGAAAUUAGAUUUUAAAGAAACUGAUUUAAUAAACGAAAAAAAUAAUUAUGAUUUUAAUGAUAUUCUUCGGCCUAUUAAUUGUGAAAAUUUGAAUAGUGAUUCUGGAAAUGAAGCCGAAGAAGAGAAUAGCGAUGAAGACGAUGACAAUGGAUGGAUAACACCAGGAAAUAUUGAAGCCAUAAAAAAACAAAUGGAAUCUGAUGUAAUUGAUGAAAAACCGGCAACUGUUGCGUGUCUCACUAUGGAUUUUGCAAUGCAAAAUGUUUUAAUGCAAAUUGGAUUAAAUAUUGCAUCCCUCGAGGGUAAAGUUAUUAGACAAAUGCGAACAUUUAUUUUGAGAUGUUGCGCGUGUUUUCGAACAACGGGAAUAAUGACAAAAAUCUUUUGUCCCUAUUGUGGUAAUAAAACAUUGAAGAAAGUUUCGAUUUCCAUUGAUGAAAAUGGCAAACAACAUAUGCAUAUUAAUUUUCGAAAGCCCCUUUCGACAAAAGGAAAAAAGUUUUCAUUGCCAACACCUCAAGGUGGGAAACAUGCGAAUAAUCCAAUUUUAUGUGAAGAUCAACCGAGACCCGAUCAACGACCAUCGAGAUUGGCACGAAUGAAAAAUGAUCCCUUAAAGGACGAUUAUAUCGCAGGAUAUUCGCCAUUUGUUACGCGCGAUGUUAAUUCAAAAUCGGCAAUGUUGGGUAUUCGAAGUGGAAGGGGUGAAUUUAAACAUUGGAUGAAAAAAAAUCCCAAUGAAUGUAGAAGAAGAAGAAAAUGAAAAUUUUUGGAAAAAUUAAUAAUAGAUUUAAAAUGUAAUUGUAAGUUAAUUUUCAUUUUUCGAUAAAUUUCAAAAUAUAUUCAUUUAGAGAAUACAAAUUUUAUAACUAUAUAAAUAAAAAUUUAAUAAUAUCAA